GGUCCUGGUAGUUGUUGACAUUGACCGCCACUGACUCGCGCAUCUUCGACCUCUCAACCCCCCGUUCCUUUCAUGACCCCGUCCCGCAAUGCUCACUUGCCGCAAGUCCAACUUUCCAAUUCACCAGCGAUAAUAUGGCAAACUUUCGCCCUCUUCAGCCCGCGCCAAUGGAUCAGGAGCAACCGUCACAUCCACAGGGUAGACCAAUUCUAACACAAAAGCCAAAGAGAACAGUGACAUUGGGUGCCUGCGUUGCUUGCCGGAAACGGAAAUCCAAGUGCGAUGGCAUCCGGCCUAUCUGUACCUGCUGCACGCAAAAGGACACAGAAUGUAUUUACGAAUUGGGGCCAAAUGAGAAGCCGUCCCAGGCAAUGAAGAGGAAAAAUGAGGAAAUGCAAGGGGAGCUUUCAAACCUGCGCCAGGUCUACGACUUCCUUCGACUCCGGCCUGAGCAAGAGGCUAUGGAAAUAUUCCGACGAAUACGAUCUGAUCCUCCCGAUUCAUUGACUCCUACACAGCAUAUUCAGGACUUGGCCGACUUCGUGCGCCAUGGGGAUCCGUCAUUGCAACACUCAUUACCUCCAUCUUUAGCUCACCGACCUGAAUCCUUAACACUACCCCCAUUACGUAUGGCCCUCGACUCUUCGAGUAAUGACCCAAGCAUACUGUCAAGCAAUUUCUCCAUCGGCAGCCGUCUUCCUUCAAUCUCGUCAGACGGACCAUCAAGUCAAAGGCGAAGACAUGAUUCCGAUGUCGAUGUUUCUGCACACUUAGAUAGCCAAGGAUCACGUCCUCGCCCCAUCUCCAUACAGGCAAUGAUUCAUCAACCUGGUUUCACGGAAUCCCAAGCUCCAGCCGAUGUGCGACUUCACUCAGCAAGGAAUUGGACCAAUGCCACAGAUGAUACCAAUCUUUUGGUGCAUCUCAUGUCUGCAUGGCAUCGGUGGGAGUAUCGCUUCUAUCACUUUCUCGAUUGGGAGAUAUUCUUAGAUGAUAUGGCGAGCGGCAGGACUGACUUUUGUUCAAGAUUGUUAGUGAAUGCCAUGAUGGCGUCUGCGAGUUUCCAAUCGUCCAAGGUCAAGGAUAGGUCUAAACCGUUCUCCGACAGCUCAUCAAUAACUCGAUUUUACAAGGAAGCGAAAGCGCUUUGGGAAGCAGGAGAAGGUCAAGACAGCUUGACUAGAUUACAGGCUGCAAUGUGUUUGUAUCUCGUUCUUGGGAAGCACGGCCGAGACAAAGUUGGUUACACCAUGCUGGCAGAAGCCUGCCGGAUUGGACGUGAUCUCGGCCUGUUCCGCCUUACGUCGAGCUCACCAAAGUCUUCGUCGGUGUCUUCUGCAAGAUGGGAGAAGGCGCGAGCAGUAACUGCUUGGGCAUUGUUCAACUUCCAACUAACCAUGUCUUUUACGUUUACCUUUCCAGCUCUCAUAAAAUCUCAACCUCCGCUCGCGAUUCCUUACGACGAUACCCCUAAUUCUGAAGCUCUGUUUCGUUCUGAAUGUGCACGACAUGUUAUUCUACUCGACUGUGGAAAAUAUCUUGGUAUGGCUGAUGAUAAUGACAACGAAAUCCCCCCAAAACCAGAACAAGUCGAGGUGUUCUACAACCGCUGGAAGCUUUGGUAUGACAACAGGCCAACUUCAAUCGAACCGCAUGCAAACCCCUCCCCCGAGAAUCUUCUGACCGCGAUGGUAUACCACAUCACUAUCAUAAGGCUUGUGCAACCAUUCGUAAGCCGCGACAGCCCAAUCGAACGGAUACGAUCGUAUCAAGACCGGGCUCGUCAUCUAACCUCCGCUUCGAUUGCCGAGAUCCGCCAGCUUCUAACGUUACAAGAGAUACACCAUGGGUGGAAACACGCCAUACCUUAUGUCCUACAUCCAGUCAUGGUUACCAGUUUCGCAUCGCUUGAGGAAGUGAUACUGGAGGAGGAACUCAGGCGGGAGCCAGAAGGUGGGGUUGCCUAUCAGGGGCUUCUUACCUGCCUUCGGGCUCUGUCCGCAUUGUCCCACACUAUUUUCUAUGCCCAGGUUCUCUUCCGCGUUCUUGCGCAGACCUGCCUGUCGCUAGAAAUGAGGCUACCGCCGGAUAUGCUCGACUUACUGGACCUAUACCAAAGCGAUGAGUGGACAAAGAAAGCUGCCGCCUCGGUGAGCAGCCAAUACGUGGCCGACCUCAGGAAAUCUGCGUUGGACAUUGACAAUGCCCGAAUGGACAGCAUCAUAAGCCAGUGGGAUGAAUCUCUUGCACUGGGAACGCGUUCCAGCAGAGACUCGAGCAGAGCGACAUCCGGCAAUAGCGACAUUGUGAAACCUGAAGAGGUCUAGACGGUUCAACAAUGUCUUGGCAUCAAAAUCGCUCCAGAUGCAGUUUCAUUAUUGCAUCCAGAUUACGUGCUCCCUGGCGAAUUCGACAAGCGCAGUCUGUUUUGCUGUCCAUGCAACAGAGGGGAAGAUAAACUUUCGCAUAUUUUCGAUGACAGUUCCUCGGCAAAUUUCCUUUUACGGGGUUUCCCAUUCCUAUCGGCGCCCU